AUGUCAGACAACUUACCUCUUGAACUCCAACUGAACAUCAUGAAAUGGCUUCCUAUCAAAUCAUUGAUUCAAUGCCGAACAGUCUCCAAAGCAUGGAAGUCUCUCAUCGAUAGUGCUGAUUUUAUCAAACAUUAUCAAGGCCAUAAGCAACAUCUACUUGCAAGUUAUGAAGCUCUUGUUGAUUCUGAACGAAAAUAUGUUUCAAUUGCUGAUGAUGAAACGUUCCCCCAAAAGAAAGUUUCCCACACUAUUCCUCUAUUGCUUCAAAACCCUAGAAUAAUCGGCUGCUCUCAUGGCUUGUUGUGUUUGUUUGGUGAUUAUGAAGAUGACAGUGAUGACGCCAUUUUCGAUACUGAAACAGUUGUUCUUUGGAACCUUUUUAUUAGAAAGGCUGUGGCUGUUGUUUUGCCAUAUUGGGUACAUGGAACUGUUUUAGGUUUUGGUGUGUGUCCAAGAACUAAUGACCCUAAGAUUGUCAAGAUUUUACAUGAUAAUAGUUGGGAUGUUCAGAUUUUUGCGUUGAACACCGGGGUUUGGAGAAGUUGUAACAAUCUCCCUCGUGAAUCGGUUCAAAUUUCUGGUUCCGGUUGCAAGUGGUAG